CUGCACAUAACCACAAUACAGUCACGCCCACAAAAGCAAACGUGCGCUCCAUGCGGUGCAACAUUCCACUCAGUAUAAAAUCCGAACACAACGACGACGACGACAACAACAAAGGCAAUCACCGCCACGCGCUCCUUCGAUGGUGAACUCCUUUGGCAACGAGAGGCGACGGAAUUUAUAGAACGUUUUCCACAACGUCGUCGUCCACAUGGCACACUUCGUCCCAGCGCCUCAGCUGGUGCACUUUACAAAAAAGGCACCACUGUAACGACGAUCAAUAAGCGCGCCAGUGGUGGCGAACUAUUAACAGCACAACAACGACAUCAACGCGAUCUCUUUAGCGGUGACUUGGGCAUACCAGAGGUGCGUUCACACGUCGGCAGUAUGGUGCACACUUUCGAAACCCUCGCCACGCAGCGCAAACUAGCUGAUCAAGAGCGUGCCAAAGAGCGCGCUUGGGCAUUGCAGCAGCAACAGCAAUGGGAACGGGAGCAACUGCAGUUGAGACAAAGUAAGUAUAUGCCGACGCUGACUAGCGCCGUGCACACGACCACAUACACAUAUGACACGCCCACACACGCUUCACGCGCUUCUCAGCACGGCACCAGUAACAGUAAAUACCAUCAACUCAAACGUAAAUCACACGAAUCGCGCCAGCGUCUCAUACAACUUAGUAAAGAACAGCUAUUAGCUGCCUUCGACAGCCAUGCCGAUAAGAGUGAGAAACGGCAGCCCGCGACGUCGGCAAGCAAAAAACUUGCCAAUAGCUAUAGCGCACAAACGCUGGCUAUCGAAAGUAAUAGCAAAGCACUUACAACUGAUGGUAGCCCGCAUAAACGACAACGUACUUUGAGUCUGCGUAGCGCGAACGCGACGCGCUCUCCAAAUGGUGAUGAUGACUUGGCGCAGCAAUAUGGUCAUAUGGAUGACGAUUACCGCAAAAAUCUCUUCGGCACCCUGGCAAGUAGAGGGCACGCGCCGACAUUGCAGCUAACGAUGAACAGCGGUAAUGGCAUGGGUGGUUAUGCAAAGGGAAAUGCGCCUUAUAAUAGUCUGCGCGGCAGCCAAGAAGAUGGCGAUUUUGGUGUCAGCAACGAUUUAAACGCGGAAAAUGAUGAUGAGGCAAUCAUUGUAAAUGCCGCUUUCGAUGAAAUAUUCGCCGGCUAUAGCGGCGCCGACGAUGACGAAGAAGAAUACAAUGUUGGUAAUAGCGAAGAGCAAAUGGUUAGUCUUAGCGAGCUGGAUGACGAUGUCUUCAAAUCGCUUGGCGCAAGCCAAAUCAACAAUCUAGGCUGCCCUGGCAACACGCCAAUGAAGUUCCCGCUAAUAGCAGUAGGCGCACAGAAAAAAGCACCACCACCACCACCACCACCGCCACUAACAGCAACAGCGCAUACGCCUUCAAUAAAAAAUAUAGAUAUAAAAUUGUCAACGCCAUCAACUAAGCGUAAACAUACCAUAAUGCCGCUUGCCAAACAGAAGCAACGUUCCACCACGCUGCAUAACCUCUUCGAUCGCCUCAAGGCGACACAGACCAAAGUGAAGCGUCCGUUUACCAAAAUAUCGUCGGACAGUCUACUGAAACAGGAUCAAUUGAAUAUUGAACAGAUGACGCAUGCUCUGCACAAAUAUCCACCACAAUUAGAUCUUUAUCGCGAAGUAGGUGAAGGCAAAGCCGCCGACGAGCGUACGGUUUGCAACGAUGCAGAUGCGGCAGAUGACGACUUUCUACGCGGCUCCACAUUAAGCCAAUCAUUUGUGCGUCAAUUGCAUAUGCGACAAGACAAAGAAAAAGCUAAGAAAAAAAUGCCCGCACCGGCGCCACCCAUCACAUCGAAAUUGCAAUCGAACAGCGCUAGCGGCGUGAAUGCUGUAAAUGGCGCACCGCGCCCACACCUAUCGCAAUGGCGCACUAAAUCGUCAAAUGAAUUGCUGCUCGAUGAUUUGGCAAUACAAGCGCGACGUUAUCAGCGUGCAGCAAGUCGUAAGUAUCCGGCACCAGCGACGCCAAAAAAACAGCAACCGCCGAUGCUGGGGCAAGUAAUGAAAGUGGCCGAUGCGGGAGAGGAAGCAUUACGCAGCUACAAACAGAAUCGCGACAGCAGUAGGGGGCAUGGCGUUGGCGCUGAUACGACGCGUAGCGAACGCAAUGAGUAUGGCAGCUUUCUGCGUGGCAGCGCGGAAAUUUAAGCACAGCCAAUCAGUGUGAGUAAAAGCAAGAAAGUUGCAGUUGCUGAAGCGCGCGGAAGAUAAUUGAACUUACCAUUUGCUGAAAUCGUAGCGUUUUAGGAAAAUUGCAGAAUACCCAACGUAAAUGUUAGUUAUAUACAUAGAUACAAAUAUUUAGCAGUAUUGUCAUUGUACUAAUUAAUACUAAGUAAUCAACUAAUUUUGCCAGUGUUAUUGAGCCAUGUUUUCAUGCAAUCAAA